AUGGCAGGGGAUGAUGUGAUGCAUACGAACGGAUCUACCAAUUCUAAGGAGUUGUCAGAAAAGGGGAUUAGAAUUUGGGAUGCCAAUGGAUCGCGAGACUUUCUGGACAAGCAUGGAUUUUCAAACCGAGAGGAGGGUGAUUUGGGGCCUGUUUAUGGCUUCCAGUGGAGGCACUUUGGGGCUGAAUACAAGGACAUGCAUGCAGAUUACUCUGGUCAAGGAGUUGAUCAACUCCAGAAUGUAAUUGACACCAUUAGAAACAACCCUGAUGAUCGCAGAAUCAUCAUGUGUGCCUGGAACCCUAAAGAUGUUCCUCAUAUGGCUUUGCCUCCCUGCCAUGCUCUAUGUCAGUUCUAUGUGUGUAAUGGAGAGUUAUCCUGUCAGCUGUAUCAGCGAUCAGGAGAUAUGGGCCUUGGUGUCCCAUUCAAUAUAGCCAGCUACUCAUUGCUGACAUACAUGAUUGCACAUAUCACAGGACUAAAGCCUGGUGAUUUUAUACAUACAUUGGGCGAUGCUCAUGUUUACAACAACCAUAUUGAGGCAUUGAAAAUUCAGCUCCAGCGUGAACCUAGACCUUUUCCAAAAUUGAAGAUAUUGCGCAAUGUGGAAAGUAUCAACGACUUCAAAGCAGAAGAUUUCAAGUUAGAAGGUUAUAAUCCACACCCUACAAUCAAAAUGGAAAUGGCUGUUUAACUUCCCUAUUUGUCUACGUGAUCUGAUAAAUGAAAGCUGAAGACGGGGGAAAAAGAUCAUGACGUUCUAUAAUGGUUUUGUGGGAGCUGCAGCCUUCUUGAAAUUAUUUUGAUAAUAGAUAUAUGUCUCUCCAGUCAUGUAUCAGUCUGAAUUGCGAUGAAGUUAUACGGUAUUAUAUGCAUUCUAAAAGCUGUCAAUAAAAGAUUGUUUUCCUCCUUUUGACAAAAUCAUAAUGCUAAGCUUUAAACCCCAGGAGGCUCUUUGUAGGCUGUUCAGGCAACUGAUGUUGUGGCUUUCGCAGUGAAAUGGAUAGCAUUGCAAAGGACAAUAUUGUGAAAGGUAUGCAAUCUGCAAUAACAAGGUUUUUUACAUUUGUCCUGAUGUGAAAGUGCUUGCUUUUUCCUUUCACAAACCUGAUUACUCAGAAAUUGUUAUAUUUUCUAAUGUUGCAUUCGGGUGAAGAGUGAUGGAAUGGCUCCUGUUUUUUGUUAAUGUAUAUACUUGUUUUCAUUCUAUUAAAAGGUGCACAAAGAUUAUGUUUUACAUUUUUAAAAGAAAAAAAGGAACUGUAUUUGUUGUAC